GGGUACAAAGUGUGGACUAGAGAGAGAGAGAGAGAGAGAUCUGGGAAGUAAGUGAGUGAGUUCUUGAAGCCAUGGCAUCCAAGCUGUUACUGAUUACGGUCUUCAUCCUCAAUGUCAUUGCUUUUGGGCUUGCUGUUGCAGCUGAGCAGAGAAGAAGCUCUGCAAAGGUCGUUCAGGAUACUGAGGUGAAUUACAACUACUGUGUCUAUGAGUCAGACAUAGCAACUGGCUACGGGGUUGGUGCAUUUUUGUUCUUCUUGGUAGGUCAGCUCAUUAUAAUGGUGGCAAGCCGAUGCUUCUGUUGCGGGAAGCCAUUGAGGCCUGGAGGGUCAAGAGCCUGGGCAGUUAUCCUUUUCAUAAUCUGCUGGGUAUUUUUCUUAAUCGCUGAGGUGUGCUUGUUGGCGGGUUCGGUGAGGAAUGCAUACCACACCAAGUACAGGACCAUUUUCAGCGAAAGCCCUCCGGAUUGCCAGCAACUAAGAAGGGGAGUUUUCGGUGCAGGGGCAGCCUUCAUUUUCCUCACCACAAUUGUUUCUGAGUUCUACUAUGUUUGCUAUUCCAGAGCCAGGGAAAGCUUCCAGCCAUACGGGGGAGAGGCUGCUGUUGGUCUCGGAACCUUCAAAUGAUUUCAUCGUCAUCAGAAUCAACGCAAUAGAUGGACAUAAUCGUCAUUAUAUUGUAUUAGAUCAUUUGACCAUGUCUGGACUCCCACAUUUCAUGUUUUUAGUUUCAAAAUGAUGUAUUGAAGGGUUUGGUUCAGUUGAGUUUGUAUUUAGUGUGUAUUAGUACUUUAUAUUUUUUACACUACCGUUGAAUUUUUUUCUCUGGUUGUCAAAUAUGGUAUUAAUAAUAGAUAAAUCAUUGCUUGUAA